UUAAAUCUAACGCAAAUGUGAAUAAUGAGAACAGAACAAUUCUAUAAAAUACCUGCCAAUUUUUGAACUAUAAGUAAAAUAAUCCCUAAGGUUAGAUGUAAACAUAAUAAAUAAUUUACUUUACAAUAUCGUUUGAAUUAGUUUAGUGUUUUAUUCGAUGAUUUUAUCAAAAAUUAAAGCAAUAUAACCAGUUAGGUAAAAUAAACUUACGUAUAGCAGGAUAUUAAAGAUCGCAUAAUUCAAUUAGAAAAACUUAAGUACAUCAUAAAAAUGGAAGAGGGUUUGACUUUUAAAAAUUCAGCAGAUGAGACUGUUUUAGGAAACCUGAUAAACAAUAUACCAAUUGUUAAUUUACCAACUCUCAUUAGAGCUGCAAAAGUUAGCCCUUUAAUUAAAGAUGGUAGAACGAUUGGACCUAAUGAUGUAACAUCUUCUUUAACUUCUUCUGACAAUGAAAAAGAAAAAAUAUUAGCAAAAGAAAUAAAACAAAAAAAAACAAUUAAUAACGAACCUCAAUCGAAAUCUAGAAUCAAUUUAUCAUCAAAAAGUGAUUUACUUGAUAUAAAUAUAAUCAGUAAUAGUAUUGCGGCGAAAGUAACCGAAAGAACAAGAAAAGAAAACAUUAAGAAGGAGCUGGAGCAGAGGUUGAAUGUUAUAACGAUUGAAAACAAAAAAAGGCAAGAAUUAAUUGAAAAGUCCGAAAAAGUACGAAGUGAUUGGAUACAAAACAAAAUAGAGAGUGAUAAGGAAAUUUAUAAAAUUGCUGAAGAAUAUAUUGAAAACGAAAUAAGACAGGAUAAUAAAAAACUUGAAAAAAUUUUAAAUGAAAAGCAACGACGCCUUCAAAAAAUUGCCCUAGAAGCAAUUGUCCAAAGAAGAAAAAAAUUUACUUCGCAUUAUGAAAAAGUGUGUCAAUCACUUAAACUAGAGAAAAAUCUUGUAGAUUGUGAAGAAUAUAAUAAAAACUUAAAAGAUUUGGCGACUGAUUUUGAAAAGCUAAUACAAAAAAUUAAGAGCAAUAAUAUGGGACAACCGGAGAUUCUUGCAGCGGAGAGUCUUUGUAGUAGAAUUGAAAAUUUGGAAGCAAAACUUUAUAAUGAUAUAAGUAAGAGAAAACAGCCAACUGGGACACCCGAUGGAGUCCUAUUACAAAAGAAUUGUCAUAAUUUAGAAUCUUCACAAUAUUCUUCACACUCUCCAAUACAAUCCACACAACGUGAAUCCUCAAUUAACACUUCUGACGUUCCAGAUAGUUCCGAAGCACCAUUCUUGCUUAUUAGUUUGGAAACUUGGAAUGUUUACUCUGGUAUUAUUACUUAUUUCAAUGAUAAAGUAAAAGCUCUUGCACCGUUAGAAAAUGAUCCAAACAUGAAAAAAUUCUUAGCAGCAUGUAGAAGGAAAAUUAACAUUCCCGUUGCUGCAAUAUGUGCUGUUUCGCCACAACAUAUGCAAGAUAAAUUCGACAAGUUAAUGAGCUUCAUUUUGGGAAGUACUAAAAAACAAACCGCAACAGAUGUACAUGUUUCUGAACAUCCUCUUGCUGCAGAUUACUGUAUUAGAUAUUUAGCCAAAAAAUUUAUUGAUGUGGCUGGAACUGAAAUUUCUUCAAAUUCUCAAGCUGCUUUUCCUUUUGCAUCGAUAAUUAUUGCUAUUUGGAAUCGUAUCCCCGAUUUUGGAAAAAUGUUUAUCGGCCAAAUGUAUACAGAAUCAGUAUUCCUAGUACCAUUUUUAUUCUCAAGAUCGAAUUUUUUAAAUGACGUUCAUUAUAAAUUAGCUUAUGGGUAUUACGUUACUGAAAAUGCAUCAGCUUUGGAAGAUUUCAGCGCAUAUAAUAAGAGACAGGCUGGAAUUGUUAGACUAUUUGCUGCUAUCAUGGUAUCGCACGGUAAACGCGGAGAUAUGAUUCACCCGUUCCCUAUCGAAAAUGGUUGGAAGUGGCUAAGUAAUUUAAUUAAUAUUAAACCGGAGAUGCACGACGUUAUAGCAACAAUUAUUGUUGAAUUUUUACAAAUAGCAGCUUUUGAAAUGCUUUCACUGUAUGGAAAGCAAUUUAAAAAGUUAUUAGUGCUUAUUCAAGAAAAAUAUUUACCGAAAUUAAACGAAAUUGAAGAUGGAAAAGCUGCAUCAAAAGGAAAGUUGGAACAGACAUUGGAUUUAAUUUUAAAAUUCAAUCGUAUCGAAAAACCACAAGGUGUAGUUCCAAAAGAUUUCUGGUAAUAUUUUAUUAAGGAAAAUUCAUGCUUAGAAUUAACAAAGAGCUGUUGACGUAAAUAAAUAUUUGGAGGACUUUCUUUAAUUGAAA